CGUCUCCAUAGCUCCAUUAGAACACUCCACUCGGUAUCGAAACGGUCAAUUGCAAUGAGUGAAACACCAGUGCCAGACAACUUCACACACCCAACGAUCAAGGACGGCUGGUUCCGUGAAAUCAGUGAUACCAUGUGGCCCGGCCAGGCGAUGACCCUCAGAGUCGACAAGGUGCUCCACCAUGAGAAGUCCCUGUACCAGGAUGUGCUGGUGUUCAAGUCCACGGACUACGGUAACGUGCUGGUCUUGGACAAUGUUAUCCAGGCCACGGAGAGAGACGAGUUCUCCUACCAGGAGAUGAUCACCCACUUGGCUGUCAACUCGCACCCGGACCCUAAGAGGGUGCUCGUCAUUGGUGGUGGAGAUGGUGGUGUGCUCAGAGAGAUCGUCAAGCACGACACCGUCGAGGAGGCAUGGCUGUGUGACAUUGACGAGGCUGUCAUCAGAGUGUCCAAGAAGUACUUGCCGGAGAUGUCCAAGUCCUACGAGCACCCAAAGGUGAAGACCCACAUUGGUGAUGGGUUCAAGUUCCUCGGCGACUACAAGAACUACUUUGACGUUAUCAUCACUGACUCCUCUGAUCCAGAAGGCCCAGCAGAGUCUCUCUUCAAGAAGUCCUACUUUGAGCUCUUGAGCGGUGCGUUGACUGAGAAGGGUGUCAUCACCACCCAGGCCGAGUCCAUGUGGUUGCACUUGCCAAUCAUCACCGAGCUGAAGAAGGACUGUCAGGAGGUGUUCCCAGUUGCCGAGUAUGCCUUCACCACCAUUCCAACCUAUCCUUCCGGCCAGAUCGGUUUCAUGGUGUGCUCCAAGGACAAGAACGCCAACGUUAAGGUGCCAUUGAGAUCCGUCUCUGAAGACGAGGAGGAUAGACUCUACAAGUACUACAACAAGCAGGUUCACGAGGCCUCCUUCGUUCUCCCUAACUGGGUCAAGAACGCCUUGAAGUAA